CGAAUCGAGAGAGAGAGAAAGAGAGAGAGAGAGGGAGGGGCAGAUGGAAGAUGGAGGAGGAGAGAGAAAUCCAAACGACAGAUGUGGAGGAGAAGAAGAACAUCUACUACUAACAAAAACUAUAGAGCGAGAGAGAGAGAAACAGAGAGUGAGAUGAGAAAGAGAGAGAAGUGAAACCUGUCUCGUGAAGCUGCAGGUGAGAGAGAAGAGAAAGAAAAAGCUCUCUUCUUUUUCUUUUACUUCUUCUCUCUUUUCUUCUUCUUCUUCUUGUUCCCCUUUCUCUCUCUCUGUAAAACCCGCCCUCUCUCUCUCUCAAAUCUCUCUCUUUCUAACACCAUUCACAUUCAUUCUUUGCUUCUCCCUUUUAAAUCACGAGAUCCCCAUCUCUUUUUCUCUUUUUUUUCCUCCUCCUCUACAUGUCUUCUUCAAAAGCUCUCUGUUUCUGUCUUGUUUGGUGGUGUUCUUGUCGAUUCAAUCACACACAUUGCUGAGAAACAGAGAGAGAGAGAGAGAGAGAGAGAAUUUUAAUCAUUGAGAGAGGAAGUGGGUGAAUCAAUCCUUCAUUUUUUACUCCAAAAUGUCGCAUUCUCAGAAACCCAUUUCGAAACUAGGGCUCAAUACACUCCCCGAUCGAUUCCGGGACUCGAUGACCUUUGACGACGACACCACCACCACCAACAAACCCGAUUUCAGAGAACUCGAUCUGGGUUCCCCUGUAUCGCCCUUGACGACUCGGCGAUCGAGUGGACCCGCAGCGAGUGGACUCACCACCACCACUAGCUCCACCACUAGCACUAGUUCGAGCUCGUCUUCGGGAUCGGUCUCCGGGCGUAAUAGAUCCAACAAGGCUUCCAAUAACCACUCCGGCGAGCUUUCUGGCUCCGUCGAGAGCUCCCCGAAGUCCGCCGGAGGCUCUCGAUGCUUCAGAACAGUCCCCGGAAAUCCCGAUUCCGGGAACACCCAACCGUUAAUCUAUUCCGGUGGUAGCUCAGUCAUUUCUCCGCUUGUCAAUGUACUUCCGACAGGCAAUAUAUGUCCUUCGGGAAAGAUUUUGAAGACGGGAAUGGCGAGUCGGAGCUCGAAAACCGAAGUUUUGGGUUCAGGAACCGUCAAUUACGGCCAUGGAAGCAUAAUGCGGGGCGGCACCGCCGUCAAAUUGGGCGGCGGAGAUGGAGGUGGUGGUGGUGGCGCCAACAAAUCGAGAGGCGGAGAUUCAGGGAGGAGCGCAAUGUCGAGUUUCGAUCCGGAGGAGGUGAAGAGGGCAGGGAAUGAGCAGUACAAGAUUGGGAAUUUGGGUGAGGCAUUGAGUUUGUAUGAUCGUGCGAUUGCUAUUUCGCCGGGAAAUGCUACGUACCGGUUCAAUAAGGCGGUGGCGUUGACGGGUCUCCGGCGAUUAGCGGAGGCGGUGAGGGAAUUCGAGGAGGCCAUUAGGUUGGAUCCAAGAUAUGUCAAGGCUCACCAUCGUUUGGGAUCUCUUCUUCUUCGUCUAGGGCAGGUUGAAAAUGCCAGGAGGCACCUUUGUUUUCCAGGAUAUCAACCAGAUGCAAAUGAGUUGCAGAGGUUGCAAGAAGUAGAAAUGCAUUUAAGCAAAUGCACUGAUGCCCGGAAGAUUUGUGAUUGGAAAAGUGCACUGAGGGAAGGUGACGCUACCAUUGCUGCUGGAGCUGAUGCUUCUCCUCAGCUACAUAUAUGUAAAGUAGAAGCCCUUUUGAAGCUCCACCAACUAGAAGAUGCCAAUUUGAGCCUAUCAAGCAUUCCUAAAUUUGAACCAUCCACUCGUUCUUUGUCGCAGUCAAAAUUUUUUGGGAUGCUAUCCGAAGCAUACCUAUUCUUUGUCCAAGCACAGAUUGACAUGGCUUUUGGAAGGUUUGAGAAUGCAGUUACAGCCGCUGAGAAAGCAGGGCAGAUUGAUCCUCGAAAUAUUGAAAUCUCAGUUCUGCUCAACAAUGUCAGGCUGGUGUCAAGGGCUCGGGUCCGUGGCAAUGAUCUCUUCAAAUCUGAAAGGUUCACUGAAGCUUGUUCUGCUUACGGAGAAGGCCUCAGGCUUGACCCUUCGAACUCGGUUCUCUAUUGCAACAGAGCAGCUUGUUGGUAUAAGCUUGGGCUGUGGGAGCGUGCGGUUGAUGAUUGCAACCAAGCUCUACACUUCCAGCCCAACUACACCAAAGCCCUUCUUAGACGAGCUGCCUCAAACAACAAGCUUGAACGGUGGGCUGAAGCUGUUAGAGAUUACGAGGUCUUGAGGAGGGUUCUCCCAAAUGACAAUGAGGUUGCCGAGUCUAUGUUCUAUGCCCAAGUUGCAUUGAAGAAAUCCCGAGGGGAAGACAUUUCUAAUAUGAAGUUUGGCGGGGAAGUGGAGUUAGUAUCUGGUCUUGAGCAGUUCAGGGCUGCAAUAUCUUCUCCCGUCCAUUUCAAAGCAGCAUCAAACCUGCAGUGCAAGGAGAUAUCUCCAUUCAUCGAUACACUAUGUGGACGUUACCCAUCCAUAAAUUUCUUCAUGGUGGAUGUGGAGGAGAGCAUGGCUAUUGCAGUUGCUGAGAAAGUUAGGAUUGUACCAACAUUCAAGAUUUACAAGAAUGGAAGCCGAGUUAAGGAAAUAGUUUGCCCGAGCCCAGAAGUGUUGGAGUCCUCGGUGAGGCAUUACAGUUUUUAGUAUACAUGAGACUGUACACUGUACUAUUGUUCAUCCUCCCUUUUUUCUUGCUUCCCAAACACCAAGCUUCGCUACGAGUUAUCUGUGACAAAAACUGAGCUACUACAACAUAGCAAUAUCAUUAGGAGCCAAUGCCAGUAGAACCCAGGGAGAGAUAAAUUUAGUUCUAUUCGCUGUUUUUAUUUAUUUAUUCAUUUCUUAUUUCUCUCCGGCUCCAUCUUCCCGCUGUCUCAUUUCCUUUUUUUUUUUUUUUUUUCCUCCCCCUCCAAAGUACUUUUUUUCAUUUCAUGUAGGCCAGCCUUGUUCUAGUUUCUCCAUGUUCAUUAAAAGAUAUGUACAAUUCAUCAUAUCGGCUUUUUUAGCUGACCUCCAGAGAGAGAUAAAGAGAGAAGGGUGGCUGGCUGGCUUUUAGAUGAGGAUAUGUACAUUACAUAUAUGAUGAUAUAUACACAAAACAAUGGAAGCCAUUGGGGCAGAAUGAAAAUGAUGAUGAUGUUAUUAAUGUUCUUUCAUUGCCCAAUCAUUUCAUUAAUAAAAUGGUUCAUUUCAUCUUUUCUUCUUGAA